UUUUGGUAGCAGUUUCAAUAGUGAAGCAAGAGAGCGACUGCGUUAUUAUCGUACCCGAUAACCUAUCGUAUAUUUGUAUAUCUUAUGCGUAAACAAGUAUUUAUAUAUCUUGUUUUAUGUGUUUUAAUAGAUUCACCAAUGGAGAAGCUCCGCUCUCCUGCCAAGAAGCGGACCAAAGCUAUGCACCCACGAGUUUCUGUUAGUGAUAAAGGUAUUCACCAAAUAACGUUUAAAAUAUUGUCGCAUAAAAUUUGUUGAAUUAUCUGACUAAAAUCUUCUAGUAUCCAGGCACCUGUCGUUACUUUAUCUUAUGUUGUAUACGCUGUUCAUGUACCUAUGUGGUAAAUAAUGUAUGUAUUACAUAAAUAUUGAAUGCCAUAUUGGUUACACAAGGAAGUCUAAAACUAGCAUGGUUGCUACUUUUAGUGGGUCAUCUUCCGUGGGUGCGAAGAGGAAUUUGAAUAAGGAUAUGUUCCAGUUUGUUCCCAGAAAUCCAUCAAUUAAUCUUGUUGACUUGACAAAUUCAAACGAACGUAGUUGCUCCACUGAUGUGAUAAAACCACCUGUUAUGAAGGUGAACUCCCGAAGGAACAAUAAAGGUCCAAAAUUCAAUACAAGAACCACUCCAGCUGCUUUUCAUGAUUCACUACGCAAGUUAAACGAAGCUCAAAAGAAUGCUGUUAGAGAGAUUGGCUUCGGAAGGAUAUUGGACUUGAAAUUGAAGGAUCUGCCUCGUCAUUUAGCUUAUUGGAUACUAAAUAAGUUCAAUCCUCAGACUUGUGAGCUUGAAAUCGAUCCUAGAAGGCGUGUUAGAAUCACUACUAACGAUGUGUACCGAGUAUUCAGAUUUCCUAGCGGUAAACAAACUAUAAAGAUUUUUGGGAAACAAGCUAAUAGUGACCUAUUUGAGACUAGUGGUUCUCAUUUUUCGGAGUGGAUAACAGAGACAAAAUAAAGAUAAGGCUUUUGUUGCAUGAGAUGAUCAGUUGCAAGUGUGGGGGAACGUGGUUCAAACGAAAUUUCAUGAUUGCAAUGGCGUUCUCCCUUUUUGAGAGUUGU